UGCUUGCUCGAUCUGCUGCAUGGCUUACUCCGGCGACGUCGAGGAGGUGCCGGAGCACGGCGCGGCUCACCCGGCCGAGGCAUGCACGGGCGGCUUGGCGGAGGAAAGCCGGCCGGUCGCGGCCGACGCUACGUCCUCAGAUCACCAUGCGGCGGUGGCGGCGCAAGAUCAAGCUGGAAGAAUGUCUACGUCCAAGGAGAAGCGGGAGGCGGGGAAGCUGCUGCAGCCAGCGGACAAGGAGGAGGAAGGGGAGACCGCGCGGGAAAGGCUGAAGCGGCACAGGCGGGAGAUGGCGGGGAGGGUGUGGGUGCCGGAGAUGUGGGGGCAGGAGAAGCUGCUCAAGGACUGGAUGGACUGCUCCGCCUUCGACCGCCCGCUCGUGCCGGCCGGCUUGCUCACUGCGCGCCGGGCGCUCGUCGCCGAGUCCUGCGCGCGCCGCCCGGCCCCGGCACCACCUGCCAGCUCCAGCCCUCUCCGGGUGCAAGACGGCUGCUCCUGAGCUACUGCUUCACCUCUACUACAUGCACAUAUGCCUAGCUUCUUCUUGCUCAAAUAAGAUACUGUCCUUGUUUCCGAGUUAUGAAGGUCGAUCUUUUUGUGGUUUAAUGGUGAUGAUGUGAAGAUUACAUUUACAUUUCAGCUUAUUUAGCUUAUAUAUACUGCCAAUAAUUCAGAAACGAUACGGUUGAUGCAAAAUUUUAGCUAGUGAUGAUCGAUCGAGGAGCGUUGUUCUCCAAGUCUCUGUAGAUAGAUGUGUAUGUUGUGCUUGAUGAUGUUGCUAGUAUUGUUAAGAGCCAUAUCAUAUGUA